GUUGAGAACAGAUAGUGCGCUUCAGUGAGAAAGAGUGGGAUCAUUCACACAAAUGCGCUGGGGAUAGCCGGGAGCCGGGGCACAAAUGACACUUAUCAGCGGUCAUUACCAGCUGAAGGAUUAACAAAAGCCUGGAGCCAUGCUAAAGAACUAAAUAAAGACUGAACAGCGGAUGUGUUCCCUUUUAAUAUCGACAAAAAAGGUUAAAUCCACGUUUUUCUAAGAGGAAUAACUGAAAACAAAACUUUGCUUUUCAAACUGAAAAAAAAACAGCUAUGAGAUCUAACAACGAAAACUGCCCAUGAAUAUGACUUGGAAAUGCCAUUUUCUAUUGACUAAAAAGCUCCUCAGUAAUGAGUGAAACUCGAGGCAGCGAAACUGGUUACUUCAGUGAUGCCAGAUUAGGGAUCACAUUAAAUGGACCGAAAACCACCUGAGACACUCAGUCCUGAUGCUUCAGUCCGACCGGCCAUUUGCAUUUGGAAAGGUGUCAUCGGGGUGCAGUGUAAAGUUUACUCGCCUACCGCUGAAGCACGACGUGAAUGACCCUACAUUUACAGCAGAUAUGUCUGUCCUGCACUUUCACUUUUUAUUUCAGCUGUUUUUUACGCUAGGAUUUUCCAUGAGCCAUCAAUGGUCCCCGAGUACACUUGGAAUUGUUGCUAAGGAAAACAAUGGUGCGACUUUACCCUUGCUAAAAGUAAUGCAAUUGCCACAUACUACAGAGUUUGAUAUUGUAGUGCCAUAUGAAGUGGAUUCCCAGGGGGGGUACAUCUCUCACGCGGUCGCCCACCAUCAUAGGAGGAAACGGUCAGCGAAUGGUACUAGUCCGAGAGAGACGGUCCAUUUCAUGCUGCACGGACUGGGACGGGAGUUUCACCUGGAAGUGCGGCCUGCUGGUGGCCUUUUAGCACCUGGUUUUACAGUCCAGACUCUGGGGAAAAAUGGCACUAAGAACUCGCUGCCCUACCGGGAAGAUGACCACUGCUUUUACCAGGGUUCCCUGAGGUCGAGUGCUGACUCACUGGUGGCCCUAGCUACCUGCGCAGGAAUGUCAGGUUUGAUUAGGACGCAGGAGGUGGACUAUAUCAUCAGGCCCCUUCCACAGGACCUAGCCGAGAGAGGGAACUUCACGGCCCCCCCCGGUCACCAACCCCACAUAUUGUACAAGAGGUCCACGGACAUGCUGGGCGGCUCGGCGCUCAACAACGGCCCCAAAGAGCAAGAGCAUCACCAGGACCAUCACCAUAGCAACCAGGAUAAACAGCACUACUGUGGAAGACGGAAGAAAUAUAUGCCCAAACCUCCGGAAGAAAACAUGUACAUAUUUCCUGAUGAAUACAGAAGCACAUCUAGGGGUAAGAGAUCCAUUACAUUCAAGGCUCACGCUCAACAGAAGCUGAACGUGGAAACUCUGGUGGUGGUGGACAGAAGCAUGAUCGAGAAUCACGGCCAUGGUAACAUCACCACCUACGUCUUGACAAUACUGAAUAUGGUUUCAACCCUUUUUAAGGACGGAACAAUAGGAGGUGACAUCAACAUUGUUUUAGUGGGUCUGAUUCUUCUGGACGAGGAUCAGGACGGCCUGGCCAUCAAUCACCAUGCUGACCACACCCUGAACAGCUUCUGCCAGUGGCAGUCAGGGCUGGGCGGCAGAGACGGGCGGCGACAUGAUCACGCUAUCCUGCUUACUGGCCUGGAUAUCUGCUCCUGGAAGAAUGAGCCAUGCGACACCCUGGGUUUUGCACCAAUCAGUGGGAUGUGCAGCAAGUACAGGAGCUGCACCAUCAAUGAAGACACUGGCCUGAGUCUGGCUUUCACCAUUGCCCAUGAGUCAGGACACAACUUCGGAAUGGUCCACGAUGGAGAGGGGAAUGUCUGCAAGAAGUCUCAGGGCAACAUUAUGUCUCCGACACUCGCUGGCCACAAUGGAAUCUUCUCAUGGUCUGCCUGCAGCAGACAGUACCUUAGCAAGUUUUUAAGUACCACACAAGCAACCUGUCUCUCGAACGAACCGCAGUCAGUGAAGGAGUAUGUAUUCCCGGAGAAGUUACCCGGAGAGCUGUACGAUGCCGACACGCAGUGCAAGUGGCAGUUUGGGAAGAAAGCGAAGCUCUGCAACCUGGACUUCAAGAAGGACAUCUGUAAGGGACUGUGGUGUCACCGUGCAGGGAGAAAAUGUGAGACCAAGUUCAUGCCAGCCGCCGAGGGCUCAGUGUGUGGCCCAGACAUGUGGUGUCGCCGUGGUCAGUGUGUGAAGCAGGGCGAUGAAGGUCCCAGUCCAGUGGACGGGCACUGGUCAGAAUGGUCAGCUUGGUCUGCCUGCUCACGGACCUGUGAGGCUGGAGUGACCUACAAGGAGAGACAGUGCACCAAUCCGAGACCAGGCUUUGGAGGAAAGUUCUGUGAAGGUUCUGCGCGCUCGUACAAGCUUUGCAACACCAAGGACUGCCCCAAAAGUGGAGGGGACUUUCGUUCUCAGCAGUGUGCCCAGUUUAACAGCAGACAAUUUCGUGGCUGGUUCUACAAGUGGAAGCCUUACACUAGAGUCGAAGACCAGGAACUUUGCAAGCUGUACUGCUACGCCGAAGGCUUUGAUUUCUUCUUUGCCCUGUCCAGUAAAGUGAAGGAUGGGACCCUAUGUUCUCAGGACAGCUCGAACGUUUGUAUUGAUGGCCUGUGUGAGAGGGUAGGCUGCGAUCACAUUCUGGAUUCUAAUGCAACGCUGGAUGCUUGUGGUGUCUGCGAGGGAAACAACUCUACGUGCAAGAUCUACGAGGGCCGAUACCUGAAGCGGCACUACACAAACCAGUAUUACACCAUUGUCACUAUACCAGCGGGAGCGCGCAGUAUCCGAAUCCUGGAGCUGAAUACAUCAAGCUCUUACUUGGCUGUGAGGACCUCAAAUCAAAAGUAUUACCUCAACGGACAGUGGACCAUCGACUGGCCAGGAAAGCACGCUUUUGCUGGAACUUUCUUUGACUACAAGAGGCAGUACAAUCAACCAGAGACGCUCACUGCUACAGGCCCCACCAACGAAACCUUGGUUGUUGAGAUUCUCCUGCAGGGCCAUAACCCUGGAGUACAGUGGGAGUACAGUCUUAGAAAAGUUGACGUCGAUAAGAAGAAUCACGUGAGGCACAACUACACCUGGGCCGUCGUUCGGUCUCACUGCUCUGCUUCAUGUGCAGGAGGGCAGAUGAGCAUCAAGUCAGCGUGCUUCAAGGACAUGAAGGUGCAGGUGAACACCUCUUACUGCAACCCCCAAACCCGGCCUGCCACUGGCCUGCUUCCCUGCAACACACAGGCCUGUCCACCCAGCUGGAGUGUGGGAGAGUGGGGCACGUGCAGCCGCAGCUGUGGGGGCGGGGAGCGGCUGCGGCAGGUGAGCUGCCUGCAGAGGACGAGCCAGAGCCACGUGGAAACAGUUGCCGACACCCAGUGUCCACUGCUGCAAAGUCCAGUGCGCAGACAGAGCUGUAAUGUCCAGAUCUGCCCACCAGGGUGGAGCACAGGGCCCUGGUCUCAGUGCUCACGUAAGUGCGGCAAGGGCCAGAGGAGGAGGACGGUGGUGUGCAGGAGCUCGGAGCCCGGCGGCCAGGCCGGCGUGCUGCCCGACAGCUCCUGCGUGGCAGAGCCCAAGCCCAGUGCCCAGGAGCCCUGUCUGCUGAAGCGGUGCCCAAAACACCGCAAGGCCCAGUGGCUCGUCUCCAGCUGGCAGCAGUGCUCUGUAACGUGUGGGGUGGGCAUUCAAAAGCGUUCAGUCAUGUGUGUGGAGAAGGAUGUCACUGGGAAACAUAGAGAACUGCCACCGAAGAAGUGCCAGCAUGUUCCAGAGCUGGUGGUGGAACUACAACAACCAUGUGCUCUGGCAAAUUGCCCCACCCCUGUUCAGCAACAUCUCUCCCGAUUGACUAGACCUGAGUGGUACACUUCUCCUUGGUCUCAGUGCACGGUGACGUGUGGGGGAGGUGUGCAGGUACGCUCCGUGCAGUGUCUGAUCCACGGCCGACCGUCGCCAGUGUGCACCCCCCGCCUGCGCCCAGCCUCCACACAAGUCUGUAACAGAAACUUCUGCCCCAAGGCAGAGGGGACGGACGUGCCUUGCAUCGACGCCUUCAAAUGGUGCCACCUGGUGCCCCAGCAUGGCAUCUGCCAUCAUAAAUACUACGGGACUCAAUGCUGCCAGUCCUGUUCUCGUUCAAACCUUUGAAACGGGGAGGAGAUGCUCAGCAGCUUUGACAGGAGGGCAGAGGACGGACAGUACAAACAAAAGAUUGUGUGUAAUAAUUCAGCAUUUGAAGGCCUGGCACUCGUGCAUGGCCCACACAUGGGUGACAUUUGACAUUUUGCAGACUGAGGAGAGGGGUGUCAUGGAACGUUCCAUGCAGGCAUGGUCCACGAAGGUCUUAAAACGAUGCCAUCUCCUGUGCCCCCUCUUCCCAUGGACCCCCCUGAGCCUGGGUCCAGAAGGGACUCCUAAGGUGAAUGUCCUGUUCUUGCAUCUCUGGAAGCACCCCCUUUCCCCAAUUCCCAGGACACACAAUAUGAUUAAUUUAAGUAUUUAAAGUUGCACUCAUUUGUUGGGCAUCAGGACCAGCGUCAGCUUGCAGCAGACCCUGUUCAGCGGCCGCAUGGUCAUCCGUGAAUUUCUUUCAGAGACGCCUCCCACCAGUGACUCGAAACUGCUGCUUAAGCACUUUGUCUUCUUUCCACUUCUCUUCCCUACAGCAGUUGUUUCCCAAUCCAGUCCUCGCUCGGGGAUCCACAGACAGUCCAGGUUUUUGCUUCCUCCCAGCUCACAGGUGGAGGGGAGGCAAAAAUGUGGACUGUCUGGCAGGGAGUUGGGUGGGAGCAAAAACGUGGACCGUCCUUGGGUCCCCGAGGACCAGGUUGGGAAACACUGAUAAACUCUCUCCUUUUUAAAGAAAAGUACUUUGAUGGUCAGGUCAGUUUGUAUAUAACACUAUCCGUCUGUGCCAUCUGCUAUGAAGAUUAUGGUGCUUUUUAUGGUGCUUCACAGUGGACAAAGAAUCCAAAACAAUAACAUGUCAGAAUCGCAUAAUGGAGGCAGGUGCGGCCACGCUGCCUAUAAUAUUUGACUUGAAGAACUGUGAGAUAUUUUUGAACUGAACUGCAUCUUUGUUGUCUGCUUGUAUUCUGGAAAUGGGUCAUAUAUUUAUACUACAAACAAGAAUACUUUUGGUUCAAUGACUUGUACUAAGAAAUAUGCAAUGUCAGAAUGAUUAAUUUCUCCAUUUGUGUGUCGCAGACUAAAGAUGAACAGAUUACUUUAUUAAAUAUCCAUCUACAUGUAGAAGUCACUAAGAAAAGAGUAACAGAUUUAGAAAUUUUAACAUCCCCUCUAGGAAGCAACCUUUGCCCAGAGCUACUAUAUCAGACGCAUCUUAGUCGAGGACUUCAGUCAUGGAAGCACAUAACACAUAUUCUACAAACCAUUGUAUCACAAGUGCCGACUCAUGGCUUUUUUAAAACUGUAUUAUGUUUCUCAAACCAUAUUAUUUCCAGAUGUUGUUUGGGACUACUGGAACGUGUUCAGCAUAAAUAUCGGCCUGUACAAUUUUAAUGUGCUGGAAUUCUGAAUGCCAAUGCUUUGGGUGGUGCUGUUAAAAAAUGAACAGUUAUAUUUGUUUUGCUAACUUGUAUGGUAAUCAUAAAUCAUACAUGCAUCUGGUGUUUUAAUUUAAAAAAGAAUUAAUCCAUUGCUUUAAUAGUCAAAUGUAUCAGUAUAAUGUGUUUACUAUCUGAAUGUGAAGUUUCUGUUGCAUUCAGUCCUAGGGUAUAUACAUCAGAAUUUGAAUUUUGCAGUGGAUUUUACAGCUGUGUGCCUCGGUUUACUAAUGUAGAUAACUUCGACAGACCCUGCAUUUCCUAUUCAGCAGUGCCUCUGGUGCUACAGUGAUCAAGUAUAUUCUAUUUGAAGAAUUUAUGCUUUGAAAAUACAUAUUGAAAUUCACAUAAAGGUUUCUAACAUCUCAAAAUGCGGAAAAAGUAAAACAUUGACAUAAAUUGAAAUAUUAGUCUCUUCCUCUCCAGAUAAUUUCCUACAAAGUGUCAUAGGAACCUGGGAAGAGCCGAAGAGACUUAUUUAAAACAUCAACAACCACAAUCAUGUUUAUUUAUGAACUGUAUAAAGUACAUCAUUUUUUAAUUUUAGCAUAUUUUAACAUGUAUGAAUGAGUAUCGAGCAGAUAAGCCGAUUUCACCUGACACUGACCAUGUGGCUUACCACUCAUAUAUUUGAAUCUAGAUGCAUUUAAUAUUAUGUACAAUAUAUGGCUAUGUUAGCUAAAAACAUAAUAAAAGUUGCCCAAUUAAAUGGGAAAAUCUUA